AUGGUGCGGGGGCCCGGGGAGGCGGUGCCACAGCCACCCCUGAACGAGCUAGUGGUGGGAGACACCAGUGGGAAGCUCUAUGUUUACAAGAAUGAUGACAGCAAACCCUGGGCUGUGCGGUCUUGCCAAGGAAUGCUCACAUGUGUUGGUGUGGGAGAUGUAUGCAAUAAAGGAAAGAAUCUCGUGGUGGCAGUGAGUGCAGAAGGCUGGUUUCAUCUUUUUGACCUGACUUCUCCAACUUCAAAACACCCAGAUGCUUCAGGCCACCAUGAGGUUGCUGCAGCAGAAGAGCAGAAGCCAGUGUUCAAGCAGCACAUUCCUGCCAACACCAAGGUCAUGCUGAUCAGUGACAUUGAUGGAGAUGGGAAGUGUGAGUUGGUAGUGGGUUACACUGACAGGGUAGUACGUGCCUUCCGCUGGGAAGACUUGUCGGACAAUUCAGACCAUAUCUCUGGGCAGCUGCUCCUGUUGAAGAAAUGGCUGCUAGAAGGUCAGGUGGACAGCCUCUCUGUGAACCCAGGUCCUGAUGGCUCACCAGAGAUGAUGGUGUCUCAGCCAGGCUGUGGUUAUGCUAUUCUGCUGUGCACCUGGGACACUGAGCAGCAGGCCACGACAGAGGGAAGAGACAACUCUGCCCCAAGCAGCGAGGCCCCUGUUCGAGAUGUUGUUCUACACCAAACAUCUGGACGGAUUCACAACAAGAAUGUUUCCACUCAUCUCAUUGGUAGCAUUGCCCGAGGUUGCUCCAGUGAGAAUAGUGGCUCAGGUCUCUUUGCCCUCUGUACUCUGGAUGGGACAUUGAAACUCAUGGAGGGAGCAGACAAGCUGCUCUGGUCUGUGCAGGUGGAUCACCAGCUGUUUGGUCUGGAAAAGCUGGAUGUUACUGGCAAUGGGCAUGAAGAGGUGAUUGCCUGUGCAUGGGAUGGCCAGACCUACAUCAUCGACCACAACCGCACUGUUGCCAGAUUUCAAGCAGAUGAGAACGUCAGUGCGUUCUGUGCAGGCCUCUAUGCAUGCAAAGGAGGAAGCAACAGCCCCUGCCUGGUUUAUGUCAGCUUCAAUCAGAAGAUCUACAUCUACUGGGAUGUGCAGCUGGAGAGAAUGGAGUCCACCAACCUGUUGAAAAUCCUGGAUCGUGACCCAGAGUUUGGAAAACUCCUGCAGCAGUUAGGUGUGGAUAGAAGUGAUGUUUCUGCUGUCAAAGAUCUGAUUCACAAAACACUGUAUUUUCCUGAGAAACACCAGCAGAGCAGCCCCUCGCAGUGUCAGGACGCUACUGGAACAGAUUCCUCUGCUCACUACGCUGUCACCUAG